CCUCAUUCGUAUAAACCGGAAGGCUUCCCUUACACUGACAGCGAAUGGGCAGGUGCAUAUAUCGGCUCCAGAAUGAUACGGGUACCCUUUACGACCCGGGGCUGGCAGAGGCCAUCAGCUCGCUGCUUCGCCUUCAACUCAUCCAGACCAGCGCUGUGGAGCUCACGUUAUGCUGCUGUUUCUACAGGCGCGCGAUCCAACUCUACGGCUGUUGGGUCUGUGAAUGAUAUCCUUGAACAAGGCCAUAUUCCGAUCUCUGAAAACGAAGGGCUUUUAUAUAUCAAUAAUAUUGCCCCGCUGAGGCUUCAAUGGCUUUACAGGCUUUUAUGGGCUGGCGAGCCUCAGGCUAUUGACAAUGUCCUGAAACGCGUCGACAAGCCGUCGUAUGCCGCAGCGGACAACUGGUCAGUCGUACGGCGCGCCCUACCGUCUGAUUUACACGUCACGGUCAAACAAGUCCUGCCUCGUCUAAACGAAGGCGGGUUGUUCGUGAAGUACUCACUACCCGCCGGCAAAACCAGACAAGAUAUAGCUACUGCCGUCGAGGCUCAUCUACAGAAACACCCUAUCCGCCCCUGGUUCAAUCCCCUAGACCGUGUCGGUAUCGGCCAUGUAUUGGGGAAACCGUGGAUUGAGGAUAUGUACCGGCUUCCAAGUUCAAGAAUCAAAAUCGAGUUUCUUGCCCCUAACAACAAUGCGUCUGACUCGACACCAACUGAAUUAACUCAAGAAGCUUUGUAUUCGAUUUUCCGUCGAUAUGGGAAAAUCAAGGAUAUAGAGCGGCAGCCGUCAGAUUCAAAGGUUUUGCCCAAAUAUGCCAUGUUGGAUUUUGCGAGAGUGAAAUAUGCUAUUCUUGCGAGGAACUGUAUUCAUGGGACAACGAUUCCUCAGGCCGGCGAAAAUGGCGGCAAAGGUGUGACUUUGUUAAAGAUUACAUACGAACGAAAGAUCAGGGCACACUACAUAAAAGACUGGAUUUUUGGUCACCCACGUAUCGUGAUUCCGGCCAUCGCAGCAUUGAUUGCUGGCAUCACCGUACUUGUUUUUGACCCCAUUCGCACCUUUUUCAUCAAAAUGAAGGUGAAGUAUUCACUGAAUGCGGACGACAAGGCUUUGUGGACGUGGAUUCGAGCGGAAGUCCGCAAGGCUAAUAUACUCUCCUUUGGAAGCCGCAAGAAGGAAAGAAAUAUUUUAAGAGCUAUUUGGGAUGAUAGGAAGGAGGACAUUGCCCAGCUGCAAUCUUGGCUUGGCGAGAAUGGGAACACAUUUAUAGUCGUGCAAGGACCUCAUGGUUCAGGGAAAAGGGAGAUUGUCGUGGAUCAGGCUUUGAAAGACCGGAGGCAUAAGCUUCUCAUCGACUGUAAGCAGAUCCAUGAUGCGAGGGGGGAUACUCAGACCAUUUCUGUUGCUGCACAGCAGGUCGGCUAUCGCCCCGUCUUUUCCUGGAUGAAUAGCAUCAGCAGUUUCAUAGAUUUGGCCGCUCAAGCUGUCAUCGGUACCAAGGCUGGGUUUUCUGAGACACUCGACUCUCAACUGAGCAAGAUAUGGAAUAAUACUGCCAGUGCUCUCAGGCAGAUUGCGCUCGAGAACAAGAAGAACGACGACAGGGAUAAUGGGCUGUCGGAGGAGGAGUAUUUAGAGGCACACCCAGAACGACGACCUGUCGUUGUUAUUGAUAAUUUCUUACACGGAGUUCACGAAGGAAGUAUAGUCUACGAUAAGAUCGCGGAAUGGGCUGCUGCAUUAGUUACGAGUAACAUUGCACAUGUCAUUUUCCUCACGCCCGAUGUCUCAUAUUCCAAAUCCCUGAGCAAGGCGCUGCCUACCCAGGUCCUUAGGUCGAUUUCUCUGGGCGACUGCUCUCUCGAUGUCGGUAGGAAUUUUGUACUGCGUUAUCUGCGAGAUAGCGAGGGCGAGGAGGAGAAGUUGGACGAGAAAACUAAACCAACUGCGCCACCAGGAUUGGAAGAUCUCGACGAAUGCAUUAACAUCGUUGGUGGCCGUUUGACGGACUUGGAGUUUAUGGCGCAUAGAAUCAAGGCCGGCGAAAGCCCUAAAAAAGCGGUCGAGCACAUAAUUGAACAGGCCGCCACAGAGAUCUUGAAGAUGUAUGUUUUCGACGUAGAUGGCCCCAAAGACCGCCGUUGGACCCGCGAACAAGCGUGGUACAUGAUCAAGCAAAUAGCCGAGAACAAAGACGGGGCCACCUCGUACAGCCGCAUCUUGCUUUCUGACCUGUUCAAGGUGAACGGCGAGGCUAUCAUCUCCGCACUCGAGCAGGCGGACCUCAUCACGGUCAAAUCCUCCAACGGCCGCCCAUCAGUAAUCAAACCAGGUCGUCCAGUAUAUCACGCCGCAUUCAAACAUCUCACUGAAGACCAAGUACUGCGCAGUCGUCUUGACCUUGAGAUUCUGAAGUUGCUCAUUGAUACCGAGAAUAAGAAUGUUAGUAAGUAUGAAGAUGAGCUUCAGUUGCUUGGAAACUUGAAGAAGUAUCCUGUGGAGCUAUACGCGAGGAUACAAUGGGUCUCGCAGAAGUUGCAGAAGGCACAGGCCAGCUUGGAGAAAUACGAGAAGCAGAGUGUAUCUUUGACAGAGGUGUUGCGGACGAAUUGAGCAUACCAAAGGCUGUAGUAUAGGAAUAGAUAUAAUUCUCAGCUCUAGUAGUAGUUCUAUACUUAUUAUAGGCUCUAUAUGAAAAAAUAAACAUAUGAUAAAUACAUUCCGAUUAA